CGAUCUGCAAACCACAGGGGCCCUUGUCGACAACUACGAGCCGGCGUCCCAAUCCACCCAGCCCCCCACCCCUCCUCUCCUCGCGUUCCUUUUUGCGGUCUAUCUUGCUCUCUUACUCUUCGACACCCGCCUUCAAACACCACUUCAACGCAU